AUGCCACCACACCAAUUCAGUAUCGGUAGCUCACUAUGGGAGUGGGAUUCACAACAACCCCACAACCGAACAAACUGGAACUGGGACGCGCGCGUGAUUCUCGGCCUGCACACUCGCCCAAGCCCAGCAGAGAUCGCGGAAGCGUACUCGCAAGCAAAGGCGUUUCUCGCGAGCCGCGCGGCAUCAUCAGGUUCUGAGGAGGAGCGAGAGGCCCACCAGUACGACCUGAAAAUCAUCGAGGAUGCUCACGGGUUCCUCCGGUCCGCGGGCUCACACUUACAGUCACUGCCACCACAACUAGCACAUCGUCGUCCCGACCCGGUGUCAGGUCUCAUGUUCCGCCUUCCACCGGAUCGACGGCGGCCCGUGAAGCACAAUUCGUCCAAUCGCCGCUCGAGCGCCAGCGCCAGCGUCAGCAGGAAGACCGUCGACGAUUGUUUGAACACCAUCACCGAUGGCUCGUCCAAGGACAAGACGAGGGAGUAUCUCCUUUGGUUCCUGCGUUGCGACCCUGGGUUCAGCGUCGGUCACAGUUUCCGACCCCUGGACGCCCUCCCGUUCACGAGCAAAGCCCUGCAGAAAUUUCACAGACAGAAAUCGCAGACCUUCGAGCGCCAGCAGUCCUCGUAUGAUUCCCGCGAGCUCAAGAGGCGGCCUUCCGAGCUGCGCCGGAAAGCCUCCAGGGCGCAGCUGUAUCGGCAGCCGUCACAGCUCGGGCGCCGGCGGUCGAGCCGCACGUCUCUGGGCUCCCAGACGUCGACGAGGCAUUCUACCGGCUCCCAGUUCUCCGACAGCUCGAUCUCCGGGGUCUCCGAGACGCUCGAGGCCAUCGCCGAAAUGGUCAGGGAGUGGAAGGACGCCUUGAAAUCGCCUGGCCUGUUCCUCUCCGGACGGAGGCGGUCGUCGACGGUGCAGGUGCUCAGGCCGCCGAUCGAUCGGCUGGCUCAGACCAUACAACAUUAUCGUAUACUUAACAAGGCUGCUUCGUCACCGAUUGAGUAUUCAUAUGAACAGACGAAGCGGCUCAUCAAACUGCACGACGAUAUGCGCAUUAGCAAUAAAGUGUUCACCCAAUUGAAGAGUAAAGGUGGAACUGUUGACCACCAUCUGCUAGACGAUGUACUAUAUGCCGAAUACGACGUAAAUUGGAGCGGAUAG